AUGAAGAAAGCAGAAGUGGUGUUUAUCCCUUUUCCAGUUAUGAGCCAUAUAAUUUCCACUCUUGAGUUCGCGAAGUUUCUAAUCAACCGUGACGACCGUCUCCGAAUAACCGUCUUAGUUAUGAAACUCCCACUAGCCCCAGAAACCGAUGACUAUAUUAAAUCCCUUCCAAUCACCGAUUCAAUCAACGUCAUCAACCUUCCAGAAUGUUCUCUUCCUCCAAACACUCCUCCAAGGUCUGCCAUAAUUGCUCUCAUAGAAGCUCAUAAACCAAACGUCAAACAAGCCGUCUCUAACCUCGCUAUUGAAAGAGGAGAAAACGGAGUCCUCACCACCUUCGUUGUUGACAUGUUCUGCACCACUAUGAUCGAUAUUGCCAAAGAAUUUUCCAUUCCUACGCUAGUUUUCUACACUUCCGGCGUUGCUUCCCUUGGUUUGACUCUUCAUCUUCACACUCUACGUGAACGAGACAACCUCGAUUUGACUCGAUUGCAGCAACUCACUGAGUUGGCUGUCCCGAGUUUUGAAAACUCGGUUCCAUUAUACUCGUUUCCCGAUUCUGUGGUAAGCAAGCAAUGGGAAUCAAUUUUCAUGAACUAUAUAAGAGGUCUCAAGAACGCUGAUGGUAUUAUUGUAAAUUCAUUUGAAGAGCUAGAAUCCUAUGCGGUUCACUCGUUUUUCUCUCAUCCUGAUCUAGCUGCUUUACCAACUAUAUACCCGGUGGGGCCCAUUUUAAACCCAGAGCCCGAAACCAAGGGUACCGUUGAUUCAAAUGAUAUCAUCAAGUGGCUUGACGAUCAACCUCCUUCCUCGGUAGUUUUCAUUUGCUUUGGGACCAGGGGUUCUUUUGAUGAGGAUCAGGUUAACGAGAUCGCACGAGCUGUUGAGAAUAGUGGGGCCCGCUUUGUAUGGUCUCUGCGUAAACCUCAACCGAAGGGUGUCAUAGCAAUGCCCUCAGACUAUUCUAUUUCAGAUUUUGUUAAGCUUUUACCUGAAGGAUUUUUAGAUCGAACGAAGGAGAUUGGACGGAUAAUAGGGUGGGCUCCACAGACCCAAAUACUAGCCCACCCAGCUACAGGAGGAUUUGUUUCGCACUGUGGCUGGAAUUCUAUACUCGAGAGCAUAUAUUUUGGUGUACCCAUUGCCACAUGGCCACUUUUUGCUGAACAACAAACUAAUGCUUUUCAAUUGGUGUGUGAGUUGAAGAUGGCUGUGGAGAUUGCAUUAGAUUAUAAAGUGGAGUUAAUGGGUGAACCUAACUAUCUUUUAACUGCAGACAAGAUUGAAAGAGGAAUAAGAAAUGUGUUGGAUAUGGAUGGAGAGUUCAGAAAGAAAGUGAAAGAGAUGAGUGAGAAAAGUAAGAAGACGGUGUUAGAAGGUGGAUCUUCUUACACUCAUUUAGGUCGUUUGAUUGAUUGUAUUAUAAAUCAUAUAUGA